AGGUUAGGUUUUGCCUCUGUAAAAGAAACAGCGGCAGCAGAAGGAAGAAGAAAGAAGAAGAAAGAAAAGAAGGAAAAAGAAAGGAGGAAGAAGAAAGAAGGUUUCGAAACUCUGCAGAUUUUCCGAUAUGAAGCUGACCGUCGAAUUCGGCGGAGGAUUAGAGCUUCUUUGCAACUCUGUAAAGAUUCAUAAUGUCAAUGUAGAACUGCAAAACGGAGCAGAAAAGUUAACAAUGAAGGAUUUGCUGUCUUGGAUUCGUACCAAUUUGAUUAAGGAGAGGCCUGAAAUGUUUAUGAAAGGAGAUACUGUGAGACCUGGUGUUCUGGCCCUUGUGAACGAUUGCGAUUGGGAGCUGAGUGGCCAACUUGAUACAACACUAGAGGAGAAGGAUGUGGUUGUUUUCAUUUCAACCUUACAUGGUGGAUAGUGUGUGGAUCUUUGUAAUAUCUUUAGAUUACGAGCAAUCAUUCGUCUUGGGAUUGUAAGAGCUUGACCUUACUGUCCAUGUAUGUGAACAUCACUACUUACUGUUUCCCUAUCCAAGCAUUUAGGAACGAGCUGGAAGUAUAUUGAUAUAAGGUCGACAUCAUUAUGUAGUUGGAUUGAGACUGAAGUAGUUCAGUUAUAUAUACUCUUCAGAAGUGGUUUGAAACCACCCUAUGGGUUUUGCUGACUUGAUCGGUUUAAGGCACUGGCACAGCUUUGUAGACCAGGUAGGGAAUCUUCACUUUCCUCAGUCAGAGCUUUUGUGCACAUAUGAAUAGUGAGAUAGUGGUGCAUCUUAAAGUUCCAUGGAUUGUGACUCAAAUAAGAUCAUUGAAAUGGUAUGUGAUUCUGUGCUGAUGACCAGAGAGUGAAGAAUGUGCUAGUGAUUACCUUGGGUUUCAAUCCCAUAAAAUACAGAAGGGGUAUAAUACUUAUAAAAUACAUACGCGUAUUAUUU